AUGACGGGCAUCGUCCAGUCGCUCGAGAACCUCGUGUCGUCCUUCUUCGCGCUGAUCGGCAACGCGCUGAACGGCAUCCUGUCGGCCUUCCAGUCCGUCCUCGCGCUCAUCUACACCUUCUUCCAGCAGCUUGCCGGCCUGCUUCAGGAUGCGAUCUCGUUCCUGCUGCACAACAUCGUCAUUCUGGGCAUCAUCGCCGCCGCAGCUUUCGCUUUCCUCACGUUCCAACAGCGACAGGGCGGCAGGGCUAUCGGACAGAAGAAGCGCGCUUGA